AUGCAAAGCUUGCGCAAACUAGUUAACAAACCUCGGGCAGAUGAUUGGAGUCCAUUGGCUAAGUUUUAUUAUGCAGACGAAGCACUGAAUGCAAUAGCUAGUGAACUUGAUUCAUUUGAUGGACGUCGUGACCCUGAACGUUGUAAUCAGUUAGUCAACAAGCUCAGACAGUCACAAGAUCGCUUGCUUCACAUAAUUUCUGAAAUGAUUCAGCAAGUAUUUCCUCGAGAGUCAGAUCGUGCUUGUCGUGAUUAUCGUGUAAAGUUUCCAGAAGAAAUCAUACAUGACAAUUUACCUGGGCAGCUGUGGUUUGGUGCUGAAUGCCUUACUGCCGGAUCUAACAUAAUGGAUCAUGAGGUUGAGUCAGAAGCUAUAAGACCAAUGGCUCACGCAUUAACCAAACAUUUAGAUACUUUGCGUGAUUUGCUGAAAGAUCAGUCACUCAGGGAUCCAUCUCAUUACAGUGAUAAAGUCAAAAAGAGUUUAAAACGCUUUGAUUAUCUUUUUGCAGAAUUCGAACUAAAGGCAGUAUCAGCUAUCCUUAGAGUUUACACAAUAUUUUUCAGUUAUGUGAGUGCAAUGGUUCCCGUCAAAAGUGUGAAAGAAUACGAUUCUUUGUUAGAUAUUGCUGUUUUAUUUUCAGAAACCCUGGAUAGAGCUCGCAAGCUUGGUUAUUUAACUCACGACCAAAUCGAUGAUUGUGAUCCUGUUGUGAUGAUCGCUGUACCACGCCUAGCUAUUGUUUGCGGAUUAUUAUAUUUUCCUGAAGGAGCGUUGAAUGUCGAUGCAGAUCCUGAAACAAUGUCUGAUAUGUUUCGUUCCUUUCACAGUCUGUUGAUAAAAAUACGCGACUUAUUGCAAAUACUGGACUUGCGUGAACUGCAGCGAGUCGAAAAAGCGCUGUGUACUGGUGAAACACAAUUUAAAUUUGAUGAAGAAGGUGACAGUAAGACAUUGACUGUAUCAAGCUUCAAUUUGAAAAUAUCAGCAAAAGAAGAAGCUAAGAGAAUUUUGGCUACAUCUUUAUCACAACAGAGUACCUGUUCAAGCUUAAAUUCGUUAUCAGACGAUGACGAUCAUGCAUCUGGUGCUUCUGGUGUAAACCAUGCAAAUGCUUCGUCUUAUCGAAUUUUGUCUCCAGCUUAUCAUAAGACAUCUAUGAAAGACAGAGAGACUUUGAAGAUAGAACUUUCAAGCACAACUUGUCCUCCCGACCCUUGUCUUCUUCGAGCUCGAUUCCGCUCUUCUGCAGAUUUAAUUCAUCGUUUAUUUGUAUGUAUUAGUGGUGUCGCAGAUCAGCUGCAAACAAAUUAUCCAACUGAUUUACGUCGUGUACUUAAAAUGGUCUUGCAACCUAACGAUAUGGUGCCGGUGUUUGAGGGAGGAAUUAAAAUUGAUGCAGCACCUAAUCGAGAAAACGAAGAAGAAACUGGUUUAGAAGUUCAGGAAGCACUUCCUUUGCCUUCCCUUGUUGGUGUCCGUUGGGUGCCAGAUAGCGAUUGUGAGCAGUGCACAGCUUGUAGUGCCCAGUUCACUUUAGUUCGCCGUCGUCAUCAUUGCCGCAAUUGUGGAAGAAUAUUUUGCUCACGCUGUUCUGCCAAUUCUUUACCACUUCCUGAGUUAGGAUACGAUAGAAAAGUUCGCGUAUGUAAUCUUUGUUUCUUGUAUAAAAUUAAUCCAUUUUCACCUUGUGUUGAUCAACCGAAUUCUUCACGAAAUCAUUGA